AUGGAGGAAGCAUCGACAUCGACGCUGUGGAAACCAACCGUUGUUAGGAAGACAAUGGCGAAGCAACUGACCGGAAAAGAAGAGGAUCUAAGAGAGGUGUUGCAGAAACAGAACCAGUGCGGUGAGACCGCACUUUAUGUGGCCGCAGAAUAUGGAGACACGGAGGUGGUUUCAGAGCUGAGACCAAAGCUAGGAAUGGGUUCGAUCCUUUUCACACCGGAGCAAUGGAUUGGUGGCCGGGAUAAUGAAUCGACUCUCUCCGACUCCGAGACGAGGCUUCUUCAAUGGCGGCUGUUGCUACAUUUUUGUGGCAAAGGGAAGCAUAAGGUUCAUAGCCACUUCGACCCAGCGGUCCUUAUACCCUUAAGUCCUUAUACCCUCAAGUAUCGCCGCAGCAUCUGGGGAUACAAAAGGUCCUUCAGAAGAAAAAUGUUGGAAGAAUAUGAUUUUCUCAAGAACGAUUGUUUGAAAAUCAAUUGUACAGUGGGAGUUGUGGUCUCGGAGAUACAUUGUCCUCGGUUACAUUCAUUUCAUGUCCGUGCUCACAGGUUGGUGUUAGCCGCUCGGUCUCCUGUCUUCGAAAGCGAGUUCGACGGAGUUGAAGAAGAUCGUGAUAUCGAAGCUUUGCUACAUUACAUAUACAAAGAUGCUCUCAUCGAAGAUGCAGAGUCGUCAUCGUUUUCACUUCUGAGAUUACCAUCGCCACUCUAUUAA